ACCCGAUGUGAAAUGGAGAAAUACCUGGCGCCCCAGCUCCCUCCGAUCCCCACCAUCGCAGAGCACAAAAAGUACCGACGAGACAGUGCCUCGGUGGUAGACCAGUUCUUCACCGACAGUGACGGGUUGCCUUACAGCAUCAACAUGAACCUCUUCCUUCCCGACAUCACGCACCUGAGGACAGGCCUGUACAAAUCGCAGAGGCCGCCCGUCGCCCACAUCAAGACGGAGCCUGUCAACGCUUUCAGCCACCAGAGUGAAACUGUGUCUCCUGUUCCCGGCUCUUCUCAGGCUCUCCCCGAGUUCACAAGUAUCUUCAGCUCCCACCAGACGCCCGACGUGAACAAUAUCUUCAUCAAACAGGAGAUGCCCACUCCAGAUCUUCAUCUUUCCAUCUCGGCACCCCAGCAGGGGCAGCUCUACCAACUCCUCAGUUCCCCGGAUUUAGAUAUGCCGAACCCCACCACGCAGGCGGUGGUGAUGGACUCUCUCAGCAACGUUUCUAUGUCAUCCACCAUGGCGGGCCUUAACACGCUGUCGUCUGCGAUGCCCCAGACGACCAUGAAGCCCUUCCACGGGCUUCCUCAGUGCACAUACACCAUGCCAAACCAGUUCCUUCCGCAGCAAGCCCCUUAUUUUCCUCCUUCUCCCCCGAGCUCGGAGCCUGGUAGUCCGGACAGACAGGCUGAAAUGCUGCAGAAUCUGACCCCUCCUCCGUCCUACGCUGCUACCAUCGCCUCCAAGAUGGCGAUUCACAAUCCCAGCUUGCCCGCAAACCUCCCGAUGAAUACGCCCGCCAUGCCGCCUGCUAGAUACAACAGGAGGAGUAACCCAGACCUGGAGAAGAGACGCAUUCACUUCUGCGAUUAUCCUGGUUGCACUAAAGUAUACACGAAGUCUUCCCACUUAAAAGCACACCUGCGGACUCAUACUGGAGAGAAGCCAUACAAAUGCUCCUGGGAAGGAUGUGACUGGAGAUUUGCUCGCUCGGAUGAGUUGACGCGCCACUACCGGAAGCACACCGGAGCCAAGCCUUUCCAGUGUGCCGUCUGCAGCCGCAGCUUCUCUCGGUCUGACCACUUGGCCCUGCACAUGAAGAGGCAUCAGAACUAGGCUGGGACUUCUCCCCCACGAAGGCU